AUGAUGCCCGAGGCUACAUCAGGCGACUACCGUGUCCGCAACAACGUCAUCACUCCCGGUCGGUACCCUCUGCCUCAUCUUCAGGAUCAUUCCGGAACCAUUUUUGGCAAAAAUGGUUUCUCGAUGACUGACCUGAUGCGGGCCUUUCAUCAGAUUCCAGUCGCCCCUGAGGAUAUCCCCAAAACUGCCGUCACUCUGCCUUUUGGCCUCUUCGAAUUCAUCCGCACAUCCUCCGGUCUUCGUAAUGCCGACCAAAUGUUCCAGAGGUUCAUUGACUAUGUUUUAUACGACCUGCUGUGUGUGUACGCCCACAUCGAUGAACUCUUGGUGUCCAGCCAGAAUGCCGAAAAACACAAAGAGCACCUUGCCUUGGUGUUGGACCGCCUCGCAAGUAGGACGUCGCCAUCAACCCCCCAAAGUGUGCUUUUUGACGUGCCUCCCCUUGAAUUCCUUGGCCAUCAUGUUGAUUCAGAAGGCUUGCGUACCCUCCCCUCCAAGGUCGAAACCAUUCGUGAUUUUCCCAAACCAACUUCUAAGCUUCGGCUGCAACGUUUUCUCAGCAUGGUCAACUUUUGCCGCCGGUCCCUACCGAAUUGUGCCGACCUUAUGCCGCCACUCACCAGCAUGAUAUCUGGUCGCAAAGGUCCCCCUGAGUUUACUGGUGACGCACUGAAUGCAUUGACGAGAAUCAAGGUCUCUCUUGCUGUCGCUACCUUGCUCAGACAUCCUGCUCCUGAAGCCCCGCUGUCCUUCGUGCCUAACACUUCAAUCGUUGCCGUAGGAGCAAUCCUCCAGCAACAAAUAACCGACUCCACGCAACCGUUGGCUUUCUCUUCUAGGAAACUGUCACCUGCUAAUGCGAGAUAUAGUACCUUUGGGCGUGAACUUCUUCCCCUUUACCUGACUGUGGAACACUUUUAACAUUUCCUUGAAAGUCGUGACUUCACAAUUUUCACGAACCACAUGCCACUUGCAUUUGCUAUACGGGCACAUUCGGACAAAUACAACCCGAGAAAGAUCGCUCACUUGGUCUGCAUUUCCCAAUUCACCACCGACAUCCACCAAAAUGACGGAAAGAAGAGAGAGGUGGCUGUCAUGUUGUUCAGAAAUUCCAUCUGCCGCUCAGCAUAAUUUCCUAAAAGCUCGGCCUUGGGACAGGCAACAGACUUCUGAAUUUGAUAUCCUCAUACCUGGGCUCUCUCACACAACGUGAUAAGAUUUCUAAUGCUGUCUCCAUACCCACAUUCGUGAGGAGUGGAGUUAUUCAGUGAUGUGUACUUGGCCUGAUAUUAUUUUGCCGUUUUGUCAACGAGGUGCCAGAUUUAUUUCAAAAUGGUGAGCCAUUCAUGUAUACCGAUGAUUCGAAAGUCGCAUAUGGAUACAAGCCGGAACGCCGGAAUUUGUCUUGCCAAGAACGUUGCCGGUUUAUAGGCCUUGAUCACUUGUGGUUUCGUUAAUUACAAAAGCGACUAUUUUUGCUGUUUAAGCUUUUGUAUAAUAAAGCCUUUAACACACCCACUUCUUUGAAACAUCCUGACCACACACGGCGUAACAGUCACCGUAAGGUUUUCUUAUUUCUUCCCCCGGCACGUAACGCUUAAUAUCGUUGGUUCUUUUCUGUGAACAUGAUUGCAAUUUUGAGCAAGUUGCCCAGGAAUGUAAAAAUUAUGAAAAUGUUUUCUUUGUUUGGGAGGAUUAUUAGUCGAUCUUUGGAUAUAGAAAAGUUCCCAAAUGUAAAAAUUUCGCCUUAAAUGCACUAAACAUAAGACUUUAACAUGUGCGUUUUACCCCUCUUAGAUUACUGCUCAUUUUUAUUUGGCACAAUGUUCUCAAAUGACCUAAAGCAGCUGGAACGCAUUCAAAGACGCUUUACUAGAUCUUUGUCCAAAUGGGAUGGCACCCAAGGUUCAUACCUACGAAUAUAUCAUAAAUGCGGUCGUCGACCCCUCUGGAUCACAAGACUACGAAAUGGGCCAAAUUUCCUAUUCAAGGUCACACAUGAUCAAGAUAUUCUCAAAAUGAAGUAACUAGAAAACCAAAACGGCCCUCGAAACACUAGAUGUAGCGAAGAUAUUAUAGGGAUCCCAAAAUUCCAAAACAGCCCAAAGAUCGAAUUUCUACACAAUAAGAUAUGCGACUAUCUGGAAUGCUCUCUCCAGUUUUAUUCGAAAAAGUCUAGACCUAACAGAAUUUGAUGGGACCCGACGGGUCUUUAAUAAAAAUUAUUAUUAUUAGUAUUACGUCCCAGAGUAUCUCGAUUAAUCGAUAUCUAAUAGAUGUCUACGCGUGGAACAAAACAGAUACUGAGUCGAUAUGCCCUUUUCGACAAAUAGAUGCCUAACAAAUAUGUAGUCGAAAUAGUUUGCUACUGGAGAUGGCAUAAUAAGAGUAUUGGUCGACCGUUUAAUAUGAUCUAAUAUAGCUCUACAUAGAUUGAUAAUGGUCUUAAUAUGGUCUUAUGCACAAUUAAUAUGUAGGGCUAUGUCAAAAGUUAUGUUAAUAUUAACUGCUUGAGAAAUAAUUAAUGUCAGGUGAGUUAGCUGAUGGAAACGAGAAGGGGAAAAAAAGGAGAGAUAUCUCUGUUUAUGCUACGCUUAUUAAUGAUGCUGUCUACCUUAAAUUUGAUUGUUUGUAAGGGUUAUGCUCCGGUGUUAUUCAAGUGGCUGGGAUUAUCAGAGACCUUUGAAGUUAAGUGGAAGAUAUUACUUUAAGAGAAUUUUCUAAGAGACCGGACGAUCUUAUCUCCUGUUUUUGGUUAAAUUUCCUUAAAUACAGGUCUGUUCACACAGAACUACCAGUUGCCAUUUCCUUUUAGGGCUCUGUUAGUCUGUGCGUAGUAGCCACCAGUUGCAUUCUGAAAUUCGCACAUUGUGCAUUUGAUUUCUCUCUAACUGUGUAUUUGUUUUACACCGUUAGCUUACUGCUGAAAUUCAGUCACUUGGUGCAUCAGAGGUUCACUUAAUCACAACUUGCCUCGACGCAAGAUGAGGACAAAUGUAACAGGUCGGCGAAAGCUCUCGGCCUCUGUACACAAGCAAUCCAAGUCAGAAGGCAUUACUAGUCAGUAGUCCCCCGUUGUAACUGACAGGCAGUUUAAUCUGCUGCACUUUACAGCUGCAAUGAUUUUAUACUAAAGUUUGACAAUAUGCUCUCCAUUCUUGAAAAAUUAUUCGACGGGAACAUUUCCGAUAUUCACUCACAAAAAUGCAAACGCCUUGACUCACUUGUCCAGUGAUCGGCAGUGAAUCUAAUAAUAAUAAUAAUAAUAAUAAUAAUAAUAAUAAUAAUAUAAUAGAUAUCUUUGAUUGAGACUUACCACUAGGUGUUCCGUGCUCCUGAUGUAUAUUAAUCUUUUCCAGCUGCUAGUCCAGACAAUUUGAUAGGCCUUCUGAGAGGCAAAAACAGACGAUACAAACAGCCAAAAGCAACUGUCUAAACAAACUGAAAACUGGCAGCUAGCAGACAUCCUGCGGCCCAUUAACAAAGCUGUGUCCGCACUCUUUUCCAUCGGAUCUACCGCAUCUGCAACAGUGAUGACUUACUUAAGAAAGAAUUGGCCUACCUACAUCGGUUAUUCCGGUCCAACUGAUAUCCUGCCAGUUUUGUAAAGAACAGUCUCGGACGCCAGAGAAAACUACCAAGUCCCGAGUCUAAUAGAGAUAGCGUGUUACAGAAAUUCUAUUUACUGCCGUACAUUCAGGGAAUUUCUGAGACACUCUCCCGGCAAUUAAAACGCUUUGGCAUCUCUAUUGACCAUAAGCCCGCAUCUUCCCUACGCAAGGCGAAGCCUUCUGCAUUCGCCAUAUACUAGUAGUCUGGUCGCAUCUCCCUUGCCCCAUCCUCGGAUGGACUCGGAUGAAUGUAAUCGACCGCAUCUGGGUUCCUGUCGCCUAGAGACUGGUUUUUCAUUUCGCCACUUAUUUGCCUUAUUCAAGGCCACAUACAGGCCAGUCCUGACCGACCCGCCUACUUACCCCUUAAUGAAAUCCAUUAUACAAUGCCAUACACAGCUGACAUUUAUUUCGGUCCUGACGAAGUCCGACUAUAAUCCAUUCUAUACCGCCACAUGCAGGCCAGUCCUGCCCGCAUUUUUCUGUUUCUACUUUUUUCGAGGGUUUUUUUUCUCCUGUAAAAUUAAUCCAAUCAUGUUAAAAUUUUCACUUGAAGUUUUUUUUUCACCACUCGCUUGUCAUUUUUCUUAACGGACUUUUAAUUCAAAAACUAUGUAUUGCACUUUGCACAGAUUUUGCCUACCUCGUCUAAAAUUCAAAUGUUAAUUUAUUUUUACUUGCUUUGAUGGGACCCCGACGGAUCUUUAAUAAAAAUAAAAAUAAUUAUUAUUAUGCCGAGUAAAGGACCCGGUACCCAAAAAACAAAUUACUUACGUCAUCUACCGCAUACCGUGCGCCAUCUGCCCUUCUGUUUAAAUUGGCCGUACAGGCCGAUGUCUUGGGACUCGCAUUAACGAACACAAGUUAGCCCUCCGCCGACGUGACCCUCUGUCCAUCGAGUUGGCGCACGUCCUUGAGCAUGACCACCGGUUCAGUUGGGACGGUACUGAAGUGAUUGCAAGGGCUAACACUAGACAGGCGCGAGAAUGCCUUGAAGCUUGACAUUCUGGCACGACCAGCAUAAACCACCAUGUCGAUCUAGACCCUCACUACGAGGGCUCCCGUACACGCUCACUGUCUUGUUCCCACAUCCUAACAACUGCUAACCCCCACUCGGCCACAUAGACCUAUGCUGUUUCGCCAUUCUGCUCCACCUUACGACACGGUGAACAACAACCGAAACCCCCAAAACCUCCAACGCCGGCGCAUUGCCCCUGACCUCAUCCGCAUCAGUGAUCAGCCGCCCGCAUUCCCACUGAUCUGCAAUCCCCUCGCGUUUUGCCCUUGUCCAACACAGGGAGCCCUAUCGGUUCUUCCUCCCCUUCCCUGCCCCACAGCCUACCAUAACUCAGUGUCCACCCUUCUCAUGCAUCGGCUGUCCGCUUGUCGUUGUCUGUCCUGUCGCGCCAGCGGACCUUGUCUGUCCAUUUCACUUUCCCCUCUGUUCACUUCGUCUGACGACGGGUCGGUGUCGCCGACUUGAAAAUUUACGAGUACAGCUCUAUAUUCCGAAGAGCCCUCUCUUUUUCAAAAAUAAUUGUAUUUAAUGCCAGUUCACAGGCGCGGUCAGGGAAAGGCUAAACACAAAUCCGGGCAGUAGUGAAAAGGACUUCCAAUGGUAGAUAAAUACGAGCUUAAAACUUCUUCUUGAAAAAUGUUCCUCGAUCUGCUCGACCAUUUGGUGUUGCGACUAAUUUCCUGUAUUCGUGUGGCUUCAUCUACAAAAUAGCUGAUGCAAAACGCUUGACCUUCCGUAGCAAAACUUUACCCGUCCUAGUCAAAUUAUUUCCAUCAAUCGAGGUUAUCACAAUCUUUGCCCAUCGAGAUCGUGUUUCUGCGUAUCUGAAAAGGGCGAAAUUUUUCCUUUCUCCUGAUCUUACUCCCAUGGAGCGUAGAAUCGGGUCCCUCUUCUCACGUAAACCCACACCUUCUCAGUCUAAUUCUCACCAACUCGGUCAUAAAACAAGUGACCGUGAGGAUUCAGCUGGUCCUAUACCUGCGACAUCUGACUCCAACCUUCCCCUUACUCCCAUAUCUCAAUCUCACUCAGGCCACUUGACGCAUUCGCCUGCCUCUGAAGCAGCUGCUGCAGCAGCCCCAGAUGUCGUUUCCAAUUCUUCGGAUAGCCCCCUCUGACGCACGAAAACCCGUCUACAGCAGCUAGGCCAAUAACUUCGCAAUUUCAACAGGGUUCUACAAGCUCUACAGUUAAGUUACCUGUGGCUUGGUAUCAGAACGGUGAGACUCCAAUUCUGAAUCAGACUCCGACCCAAAAGAAAGAUAGUACGGUUCCAUUUAGGGGUACGCCGUCUUCUCUUUGAUCUACCAAGCCUUCACAGCCCAGCUCGUCUACAAACCCCGCAGCUUAAAUUAUAUCGCCAAAUAAUUAUCAGUCCUGCGUACCGCCAACUUACCAAAGCCCUACUAUAUACCCAGUAAAUAAUUCGUACGUGAAUUGUCUUAAGUAAUUUAUUCCUCAACUUAGUUCAGACUUUCCACAACUGAAGGCCAACUACUCUCGUGUAAGUCAACCUAACUCCUUUGACUUUCAACCUACACCUGAUUCCCUACCCUUUUAUUCUUGUAGCUGCCUAUCCUCCCCCACUAGUCCCUACCUUCCUUCUAGGCUUCCUUCUUCUUCUUCUGCUUCUUCUUCUUCUUCUUCUUCUUCUUCUUCUUCUUCUUCUCCUCCACACUUUAACUACCAACAAGCCUAUCCAUGUUCUAACUCCCCUAGCAUUCCAAUGCUCGAAAACUAUUUUCCCACAUCCUUUAGGUCUCAUGCUCAGCCUUCUCUUGCUGACUCCCUGUAAGUCAUUAACUCUAGACUAACUGGUACUUAUUCUUCAAGCAUCAUUAAUUCACAGUUUUCAUAUCCGCCUUCAGUUUUUUUCCUAAAUACCGUCGACAAUACACUUGCUGUUCGAAACACAUUGGAUACUAUAUUAUUAAGUGCCAGGGUUGCUAUAAACAAGACGCCCCAACUCAGAGCCAUUGCUCUCGAAAUGACGCCUGAUAUUAUGUGUAGCAUAAUCUUGGACCCAUUCUCCAAUUCUCGACUCAGCCCUUCUCAUAGAUGACUUCGAUUUUUACCGUCAAGACCGCACGACUAGGCGUGGGGGCCUCCUCGUUCACGGGCAACUUCUGAUUUCCAUCUGUCAUUCUUUCAUCGCAAAAAAGGCAAUUAUUGGUUGUAUCUACAAUCCCCCAAACUCUUUAGCCAGUUAUGAUUCACAACUCUGUGAAAUCUUUAAAUUGAUUUCGGAAGCUGCUUUCGAUGUUCAAAUAAUCACUGGGGAUUUUAACCUUCCUGAAAUUGACUGGGUUUCCAAUAGCUGCCCACCCAGAUUCCAGCCCUUCCAAGAUAUUGUGAAUUUAUCAAACCGGUCCCAAUUGGUACGUUCUCCAACAAGAGAUAAUCACAUUUCAGAUCCAAUAUUUACCGAUGACACUGCUCCUCUUUCUGUUGCUUUAAAAAGGAUCUCUUUGACAGUGACCACGUAUUAAUUCAUUGUUGUUUACCGCUUCCCUUUUCAAAAAAGACCAGCGUCCUUCGGACUUACAUGAACUACGACUGCGUAGAUAACGACUUAAUAAAUAACUAUAUUAGAUCUUUGGAUUGGUGUGGCUUCCUCUCCUGUAGAGAUGCAACCAUUCUUCCUGAUGUCAUGUCCAAUGUUUCCAAGGACAUUCUAGAUUUUGUGCCGCGUAGAUAUCUCAAGCCUAAUUCUUCAGAUUCCCUUGUUCCUCAUUUUCUUCACAACAGACUAAAAAUUUGGGACGGCAGCUGCGUGACCCAUUCUCUAGUUCCUUAUGAGUUCAUCUUAGAAGUACAGAGAUAUUUGAGAUGGCCUAAAGGAUGCGCCAAGCGCGUGAUAGGCAAAGAGAAUCACUUGCUGGCAGUAAUUCAAACCCUGGAAACUCCGUCGCUAACAUCUUCCGUCACCGGUCCUCCUUUAAGCGUGAUCACGAACUUCCACCCCUGCUAAACGAUAACAAAAUCUUCCUCACCGAUGACAGUGACAAGGCGGAGUUGUUUAAUGUUUUAUUUGCAAAACACCUUAAUACUGAGUCCGAACCAGUCCCUUUCUUCCGUUCACUUUCAGUUGGGAUGCUGAGUAUAAUCGAUGUCUCCUUAGAUCUCCUCAAGAAACACAUAAGUCGUUCGAAAUAUUCACACUACUCAGGAGCGGACGGGAUUCCAAAUUCGAUUAUUAAACAAGCAUCCGACAUUCCCGUAUUGCUUAGUCCUUUAUUCUCCGUUUAUAUUUCAAAAGGAGUCUUUCCUGAAACGUGGAAGACGCCAAUUAUAAUUCCUGUAUUCAAGUCUAGGUCACGGUCCGAUGUUAAUAACUAUCGGUGUAGGCACAAAUCACCGCUUCUAGCAAAACUUCUUGAAUUGAUAAUUUUCCAAGAAAUUAUUGACUCCUGUCUAGCUAAUCGGCUUCUGAGCUCUAGUCAGCACGGAUUUUUACCUGAACGAUCCUGCGAAACAUGUCACUUGGCAUUUCUUAAUCUGAUCACUUCUCAUCGGAAUGAGCAGCAGUCAGUGGUAGUUAUUUACUUCGAUCUUAGCAAAGCCUUUGACAAGGUGCCCCAUAGACGUCUUUUAGUAAAAUUGGCAGGUCUCGGCAUCCGGCCGCCUCUACUCGACUCCAUUAGGUCCUAUCUGUACAACCGAUAUCAGACAGUUAUGGUCGGUAAUAGCUACUCGACACCCCACUCGAUCACGAGUGGCGUUCUGCAAGACACGGUUCUGCCACCGCUACGCUUCCUUCUUUACAUCAAUGAUAUUUCCACUAAACUCAAAAAUUCGCAAACUUUUAUUUAUGCCGAUGACCUCAAGUGUGUUUACUCAUAUUCUAAGGACACCACAAACGUUUGUGUUGAAAAAAUUAAUGCCGAUUUACUACGCUUAAGCAGAUGGGGUUCGACAUGGCAGAUGGAGUUUUCAUCAUCCAAGUGUAGUUUCAUGUCUUUUGGUCCUGCCAAACUUCCUGGUCCCAUAAUUUUUCAGAAUAACCCACUUUCAGGACGCCUCACCAUAAAUGAUCUAGGUCUAAGUUAUACAAAUAAACUUGCUUUAUCACCUCAUGCAGAUAGAAUCUCUGCCAAAGCAGCGCAGUUAUGUGGGUUCACAUCGCGAAAUUUUUCCUUUCCGGAAAUGAAGCUAAGACUUUAUCAAAUGUUUGUUCUUCCAGUCCUCGAAUACAGCUGUCCUUUUUUAGUAGAAUGAACGCCUGUGGCCGUUAUAAGAUCGAACAUGUUCAGAGGGUUUUCACCCGGAAACUGUUCUCUCAAGCUUCGUCCGGUAUUUCUUAUACCCACAGAUGUCAGCUGGCGAACAUUAAGUUUUUGUGGGUUAGAAGACUUGAAGCUGAUCUUUGCUCCAUUUUUCGCAUUUACUCUAGCUACAAUCUUCCGCUCAUUGACACUCUCACUCCGAGAGAUCGGUCUUAUACCACGCGCAACUCCUCAAUGGUAAUCCCGCUGACUUUUUUCAGUACAUCUAGGCGCUCCCCCUUUUUGGCUCCUAAAUAUUGCUUCCUUUGGAUUAAUCUUCCACCAGAAAUUAGGCCAUCGCCUAAGUUGACGGUAUUCAAAUCGAAAUUACGCAAACCGCUUACACCAGAAAAUAAAAGACACUUUUAACAGUCUCAUUCCCGAACAUUCAGCUUCUUGACUUCGAGAAGGGUCUUCAUGGGAUUUAGGGGUAGAUCAAGUGGAAACCCUCAAUUAUAUCUUUACAAAGGCUGUUUUGAAUUGGUUUCCAAAUCCACUGAUAUCACCUUUCCCCUUAGCGACGAUUUUCACGGUUCUUGAUGUCAUGCCCUCAUUUCGACCUCAGGCGGUCUGUCGACGCUCACGGCGGAACCCUCAGUUUGUCGUCUACUUGUAGUUUGGUCGUACCUCCUUUCCCCACUCCUCGGAUAGGCUCGAAGCGGACUGUGACCGAUCGCGUCUGGGUUCCUCUUGUCUGGUCUCUUUGACGCGAAUAGUGUCAUCCGGCGUAACAACUCUGCCUGACGAUGUCCGUUCUAAGUCCUGUAUACAAUACCACAUUCAGACCAACCCCCUAAAGAAUGACAUUUAUUUCUGCCCCGGACGAUGUCCGAUCGUUAUCAGUUAUAUACCGCCACACGCAGGCCAUUCCUGCCCGCAUUUUUGUGUUAUUACGAGUGACGGUUUUUGUCUCCUGUAAAAUUAAUCCAACCAUUUUUAAAUUCUUAAGUGGAGUUUUUUUUCACUGCUCGCUUAUCAUUUUUCUUAACGGACUACAGAUUCCGAAACCAUGGACUGCAGUUUGUACAGAUUCUGCCUACCUCGUCUAAAAUUCGUGUUUAAAUUUAUUUUUACUUGCUUUGAUUGGAUUCCGAUGGGAUUUUAAUAAAAAUUAUUUAUUCUUUAUUUAAAAUAAAGCAUUACGAAUGUUAAGUCAAAAAGACAGAAGAAUAAAAUUAAAAGUGCAUUUUCCUCAUUGUGCUUAACAGCAGGAGCCCAGUCUCCGAGACGUGAUUGUCUUGGAAAAUUGAUCCACUGCGGAAAUAGGGACUUAAGAAGGCCAUACAUAGACAGGUUGAUGGCGAUACUACUCGGCGAACAAGAAUGACCGCUAGACCGACCACCCGAUAAAGUUUCAGUCAUCUCCCCCGAAAGAAACGGCGACUCAGGAUGCAUACAGAUAAGACGCCCUCCGAAGCAGCAAGAGAAGAUAAAAAUCGGUAAGCAUGAGGCCGACCAACACGACAUACACCUCUCUUGCCUGCCAAUCAAGGGUAUCCUUGGAUCGAUCGGGGCACUAGCCCAUCAGCACCAGAUGCGGAUAUAAUUUAAUAUAGCACACAACCCAAAAACCAAAAAAUAGAGAACAGAUACAGUGUUGAUUAGUUAAAACAAAGGAAUAUCAAAAGCACAGCAAGGUAAAAAACAAAGGAAUAUGAUAUGGAACUGCGAUAGUUAAUCGCUUAGCACUAAUGUCAUUUUCAAAUGACAAUCGUAAAUAUUGACCGUUUGCCAAAGAGUUCACCAGGUAAGCAGGCCAAAUGACAGACACAUCAUUACUGCCACAUAUUACCGGCUGACGUAACCGGACGGACCACUGGGAGGCAAAAGUUGUGAAAAAUGCAAGUUUUCGGCGAACUGCUUAAAAUUUCCGAAACGGGUAACUAUAUCCCAAGUUGCCUUCUGAUAUUCUCCCACCCUGAGAAUCAGCUCUUCGUAGCUGUUAUAUGCUGUUAUCGCAUCAGACGCCGUACAUGUACACGCAGCUUCAGUGCUUGUGUUGGCACUACGGCGUACGUGGUACGGUUUGGUAUCAGAAACAACUUUUUUCAGAACGAGGACUUAAACUUUGAAAAUUCAGAAAGCCCUUUCUCGUUGAAAAUUCCAGAUUUUGCAACGCCUUAGGCUGGCAAAAAUCCAAUGAAUAAGGUUCAGUUUAAAGAAGACACCCGUACUUCUGUCAGUCUUUCGCGAACCCUAUCAAAAAACGUGGGUAUAUUUUACCUUGUUAUAGCAGCCGGUUGCCUAAGAAUGCGCUUACCUGUAUAAUUUUGCAAAACUUUAACGCAAGAAGAAUUGUAGAGGCUAUUGCGCCUCGCGUGAAAAUGUUCGACUAAUUGCCUGAUAGCCGGCGUAGACAAUCCGCAAAUUGUUUACAUUAAUCACUGGCAUUGGACGACAUUGGAGAGUAGUGUAUAACUGGUAAUUGGGAGAUACUUACCGCUCGCUUGAGUCGUGUUAUUAGUCUUUUCCAUUUUCUUCGAUAGAGUUUCCAGUGACCGCCUAAGUCGUUUUGUCAUGUAGGACUCCAGAUCGGCAACGGCCGACUUACGGUCUCCAUUUCAAAUCCCGAAUUCGAAGACCCCUGCGGAUAGACCUGUGAUCAAUAAUUACCGACAACCUACCCUUAAUGACCUCGAAUAGGCCUUAUUUCAUUUUUCGAAGUCUGAAGUUUAUGUGGAGGCUGAUGUCAUCCACUAAUAGGGCGUAGAAAAGUCUUUCCGUUAAGCCAUCGUGCGAACGGCCACCUAUAUCGAGACGAUAUCUAUUAGCUAUCUAUUUUCCGAGAUACUCCGAAAUCGGCGAUAGGGACACGUCAGGCCAUGCGCAAGCUGCGGUUACUUGUUCUUAAGAACAUGCCCAUAUCUAAUUUUAUUAUCGUCUGUUCGCCUUAGUCAUCCCAAUCCCGGCUUAAUUGGCCUGCUAUUGUUCACGCAAGGAGACUUAAUAAACGUAUUAAUGAACUUAGUCCGCCUUUUCCAGUUGACUGCGAGCUUCACUGUCCGCAAGUCUGGCGUUCAGUACGCGAAAAUCCACGCCGUUUUCAAAGGGGGGCCUACUGGAUUUACAGGAAUCCGAGUAACCUCAGUGGCACUGGUAGUCGGCCGUCGAGUAACAGCGGACUCCAUGUCCCGUUGACCGCCAAGCAGACGUCGGAUAUUUUCCAGGGCAAGAUCCUGCUUCCGCGAGAUCUGUGCCAAAUGUUGGCAUAUUAGUUCGACUGCCCGCACUAGGUCGGCCAUGCGGUCACUAAGCGAUGCCUCACGCCGGUAUACGGAUAACGUAUAUGUUGCACUUGGUCUUACCUUCGGUGAUCGUCUGUUCUGCGAGCGGAAGUGUCGAAAGAAUUAUUUGCAUCAGCACUGGGCUCAAGGGGUUCCUAAAUCUCGAUAUACUCGUGCUACUAACGAAGUCAUCGUGCUGCUAUCCCGUCUUUUGUUAAUCCCGCUCUGACUGACCUUCCGAUCGUUAAAGCACGUAAAUCUAUUCUGACAAGCGUACCUUAAAGCUUCCGAGAAGAGGGUUUUUCAGCUGCUACUGUACCCUUAGAUUCAAAAGACUACGCUGGUGAUUCUUCGUGGGUGCUGCUUUAAAUGAUUGUACUCGCGUUAAAAUGUCGAUGCAUGCGCCAAACCAAGUUCUGUAAAAUGGAUGAGAAGGAUGCUUGGUCCGACAGUCUAUUUCAUCUUCCUCCUGCUUGCAUAGCAAAAAGUUCGACCCAAUGUGACAGGCGCUUCUCUCUUCCCCAUCCUGGGACUUAAUGUACAAAAUUGGAGGUCUUUAUCUUUGUUUUGGACGAAUUGGUCUUUGAGCCAGUUCUACCCGCCUUUGCAUCUAUCCGGGAGAAUGCACCGUGCCCUUCUCCAGAACGUUUUGUCAGCAGCGUACACGUGAGCUUCACAACCUAUUCUAACACCAAGAUGGUCUACCGGCGCGUGCUGAAGAACUCAAUCUAUAAGCCUGGACUUGUGACUCCUUUUUUUCUCUUUUUGAACGUUUCAUCGCUUGUAGUGUCUCAUCGCUGCUCCUCCUGCCAGUGUCGGUUAAAUACGAGCUAGUGUUUGGCUUAGGUCAUAGCCGUACCCAUAUGCGAAGAAAAGACAGAAUUCGCUAGCCAACAACAGGAUCUAUCGAGUCUUUCUACUUCAACACAGGUUAAGGAUAGUUUGCGGAUAGGACAGAGUUUUCAGGGGCGUAAUUGACGGUGGGUUUUAAAAGGGCAUCCUCAAGGUACCUCUUCUAUGAUACAAGUAACACAUCGAAAUUGCGCCUAAGUGCAAUUCAUAUAAGCUACGGACAACUAGAAUUAAGAAACAAUUUGUCACUGAGUUUGCAUGUUUAUGCGAAAACUUGCCUGCUCAAACAGCUGGAAGCAUCUAUGCGGAUUGCGCAGUUGUCAGUGCUAUCUUGCAUUUUAAGACGGGUGUGACGACCAGAAUAGCAGUUCGCGCGGGGUAGAAUUUGGAGCUGUUCUACGAUGGCCUUCGCUACUUUUCUAUAGUGAACGGGCAUGCUUCCUGUUGUAUUCUAACGAAGUCUUUCACACACACUUCAUCUGCCCGGACUACUCAACUAUCAUCAAUUUUAAUGUGUGCUGCCGCUCCAGGUUUUGGGCGGUCGUAGGUUUGAAUAGUCUCUAGUUUCUCGUAGCACCCCCUCCUCGCUUAUCUUCUCACUAAACUCAUUCUGAAUCUUGAGGAUUGAGAAGACCAGUACUGUUUUUUAGCCCCAUUAAGCUAGAGAGAAAUUCUAAAGCAGUGCCAACUUCCUCUUUUGACCAAAAUUGAGUAUCUCUGACGUGGAUUGUGACACUUCCAAGAAUAGUAACUAGUCAACUAUUUCGCAACUCUCCCUCUUUUGACGAUUUCAUUUAUUGUCGUUUACACGCCUUUCUUCUCCCUUAAAUUAGACGCUGAUGUUUGGGGCUCACUAAAUUCUCCGCCAAAAUGCAAGGACAAUCGGACACGCCAGGUUAACUCACCUCGCUUCAUCAUAUCCACCUGAAGAAGCCCUUAGAGGCCCAUCUCCUAACGUUUUAG